AUGGCACGCAAACUAAGCCACCAGAGGGUCACCUAUGUCCUCCCUCUGCCUGAUGCCCCAGGUGGCCACCGGUUGGGGGUCAAUGGCUUGGCUGUCGACCGCCAAAACUCCAUCUUGUACUCCGCCGGUCGCGACGGCGCCAUCUGUUCUUGGGAUCUUGACUUUCCUCUUCCCUCCUCGUCUGACGAGAAAAAGCCUAGUCCGACCGGCUUCAAAACCCAAGUCCAAGCUCAUAGUCAUUGGAUCAACGACAUAGUCUUGGCACAGGGCAACUCUGCGCUCGUUUCCGCUUCGUCCGACACGACUGUGCGACUCUGGCGCCCGCAUUCUGAAUCCACUGAGGUGCCAGAGCGCAUUGGAAAACAUACCGAUUAUGUGAAGGCGCUGGCGAGCCCUGGUAGCCAUGCCACUUGGGUUGCCUCUGGCGGUCUUGAUCAAAAGGUUUACCUUUGGGAUUUGAAUGGCGGUGGAGAGGUAUUAAACAUCAAUGCCGGUGGAGAAGACUCGACAGACAAAGGCUCCGUCUAUGCGCUGGGCGCGGUCUCGUCGGUGCUCGCCAGCGGUGGCCCGGAAAAUGUCGUCCGAGUAUGGGAUCCCAGGUCUGGGAAGCUAGUGACCAAGUUUGUGGGCCAUACGGACAACAUUCGUGAUAUUAUGAUUAACCAAUCCGGCGAUACAAUCAUGACGGCGUCGUCUGAUCAAACGAUCAAGAUCUGGUCUCUUACAGCGGGUCGAUGCAUGAAUACCCUGACCAUGCACAAUGAUAGUGUGUGGUCUCUUUACUCGGACCACCCUGAUCUCUCUGUCUUCUAUUCAAGUGACCGAUCUGGCUUGGUGGCAAAGACCGACAUGCGAGGAUCGGCCGAUCCCGACCAGGGCAUCAGUGUCGCUGCACUGCAAGAGCACGAGGGCGUUGUCAAAGUUGUGGCGGCGGGAGACUACAUCUGGACAGCUACUCCCAAGUCUAGCAUCCACCGCUGGCGAGAUGCUGAUACUACACUUGAAAUUGAGGCGCCGCCUGAUCCAGCCCGUACUAUAGACUCUGCUGCAGCGCCCGCAACCCCUUCAAAGAAGGGACCCAAGAAGAUUCCAUUUAAUUCUGUUUUGCAGUUAUCAGCGACAUCGAUUCUCGGCGGAUCAGCCCCUAAACUGAAUUCCUCGGAGCCUAACUCGGAGGCAAUUGGCCUAACGAUCCCAGUUCAUUCACAGCCUGAGGAAACCAUUGAAGGCCAACACGGCUUGAUUAAGUGCUUGAUGUUGAAUGAUCGGAGGCGUGCCCUUACUCAGGACUCGGCAGGAGAAGUUGUUCUCUGGGAUCUGCUGAAGUGCAUCCCCAUCCAAACCUUCGGCAAGCGUCAUAUAGAUGAUGUUGAGUCAGAGGUAAACACUAUUGAUAGUAUUGGACAUUGGUGUACCACCGACGUGCGUACUGGCAGAUUGUCAGUCAUUUUAGAGCCCAAUCGCUGUUUCGACGCAGAAGUUUAUGCCGACGAGAUUGAUCUGCCACUACCUGAUCUGCAUCAGUUUAGAGACGAUCAAAGAAUUAAUCUUGGCAAAUGGAUCUUGCGUUGGCUGUUUGCUCCUGUAGUGGACGAGGAAAUUCGACGAGACAGCGAAUACCGCCAAGCUGCCAUCGCGAGAGCAGAAGAACAUGCUCGACUGAAUCCGCUGGGCACAUCCCUGCCUGGCGAUGAUAUCCCUCGCAGCAUUGGUAUACCUAUAUCGAAUCCUCAUCUCAGAGCGACUGAUUUCCCUGGUAGCCCAGGCGUCGGAUUUGGAAUCAAUGUUGGCACACCAUCGUCAAAUUACUUCAGCACUUCCAUGCAGAGCAACUCUCCCUUCCCAAACUUUGAAGCAGAGACACCUGAUGCCUCAGUGCUAACAAAUUCUCAUCUUGAUGGCGGGCCAUCAUCCUUCUCCUCAAGUGAUUACUUCUCGAAAAGGCCUAUAGCAGCCCCGCAAACAGACACCGACAAGUCACUUCUAUCUCCGUCAGAUGCAGCCUCAAAUCCAGGGGUUGCUCAAUCCCCCGCAGAGCCCGAUAAGGAAGAGCGGAAGAAGGGGUCACUGUUUGGAAAGAAGUUCCAAAUGAAUUUCCCCAAGUUAGGUCGUAAUUCUACGGACACGAAGCCUCAGAUAUUGGAAGAAAAGGCGGAAGAAUCAGAGAUCUCCUCUAUCAAGGAAGAGAAGGUGUAUGAGCCCAAUCUUUACGGCGUGGUUGACCGCAUUCGUGAUGAUUAUGAAGAAUUCCUGACUACACAUCCAGGUCAGGAGUUGGAGACGGCUCUUUUGCCCAGCGACGAGGAUGAAACUCCGCGACUAGAGAUUCCAUCUCGGACUGCAGUCUUCAUCCAGGAGGAAACUGUCGAUACUGCCGUUGCUUCGGAUCUCUACAGAGGUAGCGUGGACCGUAUUGGCGAAGACCUCGAAAGGCUCAACAAAGCAAUUCCUCAUUGGCUUGGUGAGCUUCUUCUGAAGAAUCAAAUUCCCUUCAAGGAACAGGUCAAGAUCGCUUUUGUAUUGAAGCCAUUUGAUGAUUCCUUGCCGCCAGUCGUCAAGCCUGAACCCCCGGCUCCCAACGGUGCCCCUCCGGGCAAUUCGAACACCAAUAACAAUGGCUCUCGUCUCAACGCCAACCGCAUGCUCCGAACGAAAAAGAUUCUUGCUUAUGUUGCAGAGCGCAUUGACCCUGUAAACCCGGAUGAAUCAGCAGAGUCCGUCAUGCCACCAGAGGAGUACCUCGAGCUAUACUGCCAGAAGAUGCUCUGUCCACCAAACAUGACACUAUCGACUAUUCGCACGCACCUCUGGCGCACCUCGGGAGACAUGGUUCUCCACUACAAGACAAACGGCAAGAAAGAGAUCCACCCGCCCCGGUCUCUCCUGGGAAUUGAUGAGAACCAUGCCCGUGCGGAAGAAACCCAAGCUCCGAACGUGAAUGGGAACGCAAACGGAAACGCAAACGGUGAAAGCCAUGCACCUGCACCUCCUGGGAGUAUCCAUUCGGUGACCAACUCGGGAUCUGUGGCAGGCUCUGUGAUUACCUAG